CAUGAGGUCGGCAGCUGUAGGGGUGGAACUACAAGUCCCAGAACGGCUUUGUGUUUAGAUGAGGAGGGGCAAUGCUAGAAAUUGACGUUCUUUUUUUCACUGCUUCCUGACCUAGCAUACAUCACAUCAAACGAAACCUGUGUUGUGUCUGGGAGGGAUUUCCCCCAAAUCACAUGAGCACUUUCAACCAAUCAUCUUCCACCUAUCCACAGAGUCGCAACUACUGUCAGUUUAGAGACAAAGUAUCGACGAGAGAUUUGUGAGUGAGUGAGCGCUCCUUUCUUACAGAAACAAUAGCCCUUUACCAGAUCUCUCAUCCCAUUUGCCAGCAUGGAGAACUUGGUAGAGGAACUCACCUGUUCCAUCUGUUUGGGGCUGUUCAGUACCCCAGUGACAAUUCCCUGUGGGCACAAUUUCUGUGGCGGGUGCCUGAACCUUGCCUGGGAAGCAUCUAAGGUGAGUGAGUACAGAUGCCCUCAGUGUAUGUGCUCCUUUUCCACUAAGCCUGACCUCAGGAAGAACACCCUACUGAGCAACCUGGUGAGUCAACUACAGAGCAUGCACAUUGAACCUCCGCAGCCUGAAGUGAUGGUAGAGGAGGUAGUGGAAGAUUCCUGUGACACAGACGUGGUGCUUUGUGACAGUUGCAUGAAGUUGCCUGCUGCCAAGACCUGUCUGACCUGCCUGGCAUCCUUCUGUGAAGAACACCUGCAGCCCCAUCUGGAGAGUCCAGCCUUUAUACACCACUUGUUAAAGCAGCCCAUGAGGGACCUGCAUGUGAGGAAGUGCCAGGAUCAUGAUAAACUGCUUGAUCAAUACUGCAGGGAGCACUCCAGAUGCAUCUGCUGCUACUGUCUGGCCAGUCACAAGCAGUGCCACACUUGCUCCCUCCAGGAGGGCAAAAUGGAGAAGGAGAAAGAGUUUAUCAACAUCUUGCAGUCAUUAAAUCAGAAAAUAGAAAAAGCCUCAAAUACAGCUGAUGAAGUAAAGCGAGAGCAAAGACAAGUGAUGAAUACUGCGGAUAAAAAGAAGAAUUUAAUGGAAGGCGAGUUUGAAGAAAUUAAAGCUUUAAUUGAGCAAGAGAAAAAGAAAUCCAUAAGGAAAAUUGAGGAAGAGGAGAAUAAGGCGAAUAGUAAAUUCAGCUAUACAUUGAGCAUCCUUGGGAAAAAGAAACAGGAAUUUGAGAAAAUGAAAUCAAGCGUUGAAUCUCUCUUACAGGAAGAUGACGAUCUGCAGUUUUUAAAGCAGGCAUCUAAGUUGCAUGACACUACCUCUAAGGAGCCUUUUAAGCCAAAGACAGAGUUUGAUGAGAAACUACUGCACCAAAUCUUCCGCAACACUGUUUCUCUUAAAGACUUCAUCAAAACCAAACUGCAGCAACCCGAUGAUAUAUCAGAGAAAUUGCCAGCAGGGGGCAGAUACCCUAAACAAGAUGAUACACUAGAAUCGUCACGUGCUUAUAAAGUGAAAAUGCCAGCAGGAGGAAGCAGACACCCUAAACAAGAAGAUCCACUAGAAAAUUUUUUGCUACAAAUGAAAUCAUCAUCAACCAGCCUUGAAAAAAUGCAAGAAAGCAGACACCCUAAACAAACUGAAACACCAGAUGAGAUAAGAUUUACGUUUCCACCUAAAUUUGGCAAUGCUGAUAAAUCGUACAAAAAAGAAAAACCGAGAUUCAAAGUUCCUUCCAGCCCUUCAGUGCCCUCACCAGAUGGUAAAAACAACCCCCAAGUUAACACCAAAAGGGGUCCUCCUAUUCCAGACUCUAGGGAAGAAGUUCUGAAAUAUGCAGAACAACUGACAGUGAAUCCCAAUACAGCUCACAAGAGAGUUUUGCUUUCUGAAAGAAACACCAAAUUGUUCGUCAGCGACAAAGUCCAGGAUUACCAAGAUCAUCCUGAGCGGUUCACACACUGUUCUCAGGUCCUAUGCUCCCAGGGAUUCAGCCAAGGCAUCCAUUACUGGGAAGUGGAAAUACAAGGAGGAAAUUUCAGUGGCUUUGGAGUUGCCUGCAGGAGUAUUCCUCGGAAAGGAGGGGAGAGCCGCCUUGGACGCAACAAUGUGUCCUGGUGCCUGGAGUAUUUCAAUGGUAAACUGCAGGCCUGGCACGACGAGAAGGAAACCAGCCUUACCUCUCCCAACACAAACAGAAUUGGGGUUCUGCUCAAUUAUGAUGAAGGAUUUCUGUCCUUCUUCUCUGUUUCAAAAAAGUUUAGCCAGAUUUACAGAUUUCGAGCCAGAUUUACAGAAGUGGUUUAUCCAGCUUUCUGGGUAUUUUCUGCUAAUGCUGUUCUGUCCCUUAACACAUUCAAUUAAGGCUGUGGGCGGAGCCUCUGUUUCCUUACUGUUAAUGAGGUGCAGUUCUUUCUGAUUGUGUUUAUUGCUCUCCAAUUAUUUAUCAAUUUAUUGUAACAGAUGCUGAAUUAUUAUUCUGUUUGUAAUACAGGUAUGGGAUCUGUUAUCUGAAAAACCCCAGGCCCCCGAGCAUGAAGGAUAAGGGCUGAGUUCCAUAUUUAACCCUUCUGUCUCUGCAACCUUGCUCACUUAUUCCUUGAGAAAUAGACCACACAAGGACCAAGGAAAGUGAAAUGAGCUUUAAUAUAGACCCAGCUGAUUUAGAGCUGUUCAUCCAGCUUUCUGGCUAUUUAGUACUCGUGCUGUUCUGUUUCUCCACAGAUUUCGGUUCAUUUUGAUAUGAGUUUUCAUAGUGAAAUAUAUCUGAGUGUGAUAUUUCUCACAAUAUUGAUUUUUUUCCACGAAUAAGGUGCAAUUUGAUAUGACUGUGUUACUGAAUUGGUUAAUUUUUUGCUUUGUUUACCAACGCUCUAAAUAGGGAUUUGCAGGGAGUUUAUCACUUUUUUUUUCCAGAACCCAUUCUGUUAAGGCAGAAGUCUGGGGUAACAUUUGGACAGCUCUGGAGGUGGCUCAAUAUAACGAAAGUCUGUAGCUCCAAUAUCUUCUUUUGUCCUGCCAUAUGAUGUAGGGCUUUGUGGAUUCUUCCUAUGUUUAGAGACCAGGUAGAAUUUAUUCUUUUCAAGGGUUUCUGCAGAGUCUGUUCCCUGGGAGUAGGCCUCCACAUCCUUUCCACCACAGGUUUAUCAAGUUUGGAGUGUGCUGUUCACAAGUCGCCCCAUGCUUGGGAAUUUUAUGCUG